AUGGCGAUGGCCGUACAUCCUCAGACUGAUGUUAAUGAGCUCCUUACGCCUCAGCAGAAGAUGCAAGUCGCGAGUAUGGAGCGUGCAGAGCCCGAGACAGAUCCUGCUGUCCUCCGGACCGCGGCACAACUCUCGUGGUUAGCAAGUCAACAUCACCAGUCGGAGUACCAUCAGCUCAAGUUUGGACCAAAGGGCGCUCCUGCGACAUAUAUUCCCCUGUCGAUUCAACUUCCUCAUCACUGUCGGGAGCUACGCGUAUACCAGGCUGCCAUCUCACAAAACCAGGCGUGGUGGCUCGCAUCCCACUCGCGCGCGCAUUUGGACGCGAAACGCAACGUAGUUCAGAUAUCUAAUGCUACAGAGGGCUCACAAGUACAAGAUGCUGCCAUGAGUGAGCUUGAGCAAGAGCUUUCGCUCGCCAUCUCCUCGCCGCUCCCCCCUUUGCCCCAACAUCUGCAGCUGCUCCCAGUCGACGGAACGAACCCUGCCAAAACAUCGGAAACACAUCCCAUCAACCUUUCGCCAAUGGUCCCAUUCGAGCUUGUACGCCAGCUCGCUAGAUUUCUUCAGGACCCCACGUAUCAGCGACAGCCGACUUAUCUCGACCUGCCUUACAGCAUUACUUUGGAUGCGCUCACUGCUCCCGGUCAGGGAACGCCAGCGCCGCCACCGCCGGAGAGGAUGCCAGAGAAUCCUCCGUCUGCCAUUCCUGCAACGUUCAUCCAAACGGAGCUCACAAAAGACAUCCCAACACCCCCGCCGGCGCCGCAUUCAUCACCAAAGAUGAUAGCGUCAGACCCAGCUUCGAUACCGCUUCCGCCCUCGCCAGAACUUGAGAGAGGCCGUGGUAUCCCAAACGAAGCGGCAUCAUACUUCACCCAUCCGGUCUCUUCCAAUAUUGCAAGUGAACUGCAAGAAGCGACCAAUACGAACAUCGAAUUUCCCACUCAACCUUUUAGACUUCAACCUCGUCUCAACAUUCAUAGACCGCAGCAUUCGAAUGGCGGAGUUCCUUUGCCAGCUGCUUUGCCACGACCUCCUCUUGGGAACCUCUUCCUUUCAUCUUGCCCCGGCAAGAAAGUACGCCUACAAGGACCCGUAAAGGGCAGAGGAACGAUAUGCCGUGAUCUCGGCAGGGAUUUACAGCGAAUCCGGGACUCAGGUGUAGGAUGUAUCAUCUGCUGUUUGGAUGAUGGAGAGCUUCAUUUCUUGGGCGCACCUUGGGAGGAAUAUUGUGCAGAGGCACAUCAACUAGGCCUAGAUGUGCUCCGCAUUCCGACUCCUGAAGGCUUUGCUCCUCUCGAUCCCGCGGUCAUCAAUGCGCACUUGGACACUAUCAUUACCAGAUACACUCUCAGAGGCACUUCAGUGCUCGUGCAUUGUCGAGGUGGUGUUGGCAGGGCUGGCCUCGUUGCGUGUUGUUGGAUGCUCAAGCUCGGCCUCAUUGGAUGGAUUCGACGGAUUGGGCCAAUCCCUUCUGGCAAUGCACUGAACGCACUCAUGCCCAGUUUCACAGAAGCUGGAGCCAACCCAUCACCGUCACAGCCGCAGCCGCAGGAUGCCCCUGUAAAUCACCCUCCGACCAACGGCAUCUCGCCGUACACCGACGCAAAUCAGAUAUACAACGAUGCAUUGGAGCGGUUAGAAACAAUCGACCUUGUCGAACGGGUCAUUCGCGUUGUUCGACGAAGGCGCAGCGUCAAGGCAAUUGAAACCUUUGAACAGGUACACUUCCUCGUCCAGUUCGUGGAAUAUCUUCGCGUAAUCUCAUCACGUCUCGAAAAUGGAAGGGUCGCCCUAUCUUAG